AUGGAGGACGGAAAACAGAAUCAGCUCAUUGACGAGGAGUUCCAGCAACACGUUCAAUUCUUUGAAAGCUUCCUUGAUUCCGAGGAAAUUGCUGGUGCCGAUGAACGAGGAAGCUAUCGAUCUCAGAUCCCUGGCAUGUUGGCUACAGGUCAACGACGUCUCACUGUCAGCAUCGAUGCUCUACGUCAAUUCAAUCCAGUCUACUCUGAUAGAUUGUUGAAUGAACCAAGUGAACUUAUGCUCGCUUUUGACGCUGCUCUUACCAACCUUGUCAAGACCGUGGCCGAUCCAGCUCGUCAUGAUAUCGAUGAUCAACCCUUUUAUAUUGGUUUGCGUGGUAGCUUUGGUGACCAUCAUGUCAACCCACGUACAUUGCGUGCCAUGUAUCUUGGAAAGAUGGUGUGCAUUGAAGGCAUUGUUACACGAUGUUCAUUGGUCCGUCCCAAGGUGCUUCGUUCCGUACAUUAUUCAGAGCGCACCAAGAAGCACUUUAUGCGUGAAUAUCGUGAUGCCAUGACACCUGGCAACCCAAUCCCUACUGGAUCUGUUUAUCCUACCGAGGAUGAAAGCGGCAAUCCUCUCGUCACAGAAUUCGGUUUCAGUACCUAUCGUGAUCACCAAACCAUCAGCAUUCAAGAAAUGCCAGAGCGUGCUCCUCCUGGUCAACUCCCUCGUUCCAUUGAUGUCAUUUUGGAUGAUGAUUUGGUGGAUAAGGCUAAGCCCGGUGACAGAGUCAGCCUUGUUGGUAUCUAUCGAUCCCUUGGUAACAGAAAUGCAAAUCAAACAAGCUCCACUUUCAGAACGGUCAUUUUGUGUAAUGACAUCAACUUGUUGAGCACCAAGGCCGGUGGUGGUAUUGCAUCACCUGUUAUCACCGACACCGACAUCCGCAACAUUCACCAGAUUGCUCGAAAGAAGAACAUCUUUGAAAUCUUGUCCCAAUCACUUGCACCUUCCAUUUGGGGCCAUGAAUACAUCAAAAAGGCCGUUCUUAUGAUGCUGUUGGGUGGUGUCGAGAAGAAUUUGGAAAAUGGUACUCAUAUCAGAGGUGAUAUCAACAUGUUAAUGGUGGGUGAUCCAUCAACAGCCAAGUCGCAAAUUCUUCGAUAUGUGUUGGGCAUUGCUCCUCUCGCUAUUGCUACCACUGGUCGUGGAUCUUCAGGUGUUGGUCUUACAGCUGCUGUGACAUCUGAUAAAGAAACAGGCGAACGUAAAUUGGAAGCUGGUGCCAUGGUGCUUGCUGAUCGUGGUGUUGUGUGUAUUGAUGAAUUCGACAAGAUGAGUGAUGUCGAUCGUGUGGCUAUUCACGAAGUUAUGGAACAACAAACGGUGACCGUGGCUAAGGCUGGUAUUCAUACAUCUCUCAAUGCACGUUGCAGUGUCGUUGCUGCUGCCAAUCCUGUGUAUGGCCAAUACGAUUUGACCAAGGAUCCUGCCAAGAACAUUGCUCUUCCCGAUUCCUUAUUGUCUCGUUUCGAUUUAUUGUUUGUGGUGACCGACAGCAUGGAAGAGUCGCGUGAUCGUAUGAUUUCGGAGCACGUAUUGAACAUGCAUCGCUAUGUGCCAGCUGGUUUGGAGGAAGGUGCACCUAUUCGUGAACACAUUGAUGAUGUUAUGGGCGCCGAAUCAGAAGACGAAGAGCAACGUGCUGAUGACAAUGACAUUUAUGAGAAGUUCAAUCAGCUGCUGCACGCUAAUGUGAAUCGUAUUGGCACUCGAGCUGUGAACCGGCCAAAGAUUCUGAAAUCAUCCUUCCUCAAGAAAUACUUGUACUAUGCCAAGAAUCAAAUAGCACCUACUUUGACAAAGCGAGCAACCGAUACAAUCAUCAAUGAAUAUACAUCGUUACGUAAUGACAAGGACGAGGAUUCUCGAAAGAAGACUGCUCCUGUUACUGCUCGUACAUUGGAAACUUUGAUUCGUUUAUCUACUGCCCAUGCCAAGGCUCGAUUGCAUGAUAAGGUGGAGGAGAAGGAUGCCAAGGCUGCAGCUGAAGUAUUACGAGUGGCUAUGUUCAAGGAGGUGAUUCGCAAGACCAAGACCAAGAGAAGAAAGAUGAUGAUCGAUUCGGAUGAUGAUGAAGAACAAGAAUCCGGUGAAAGCGAAUCUGAUAUGGAUGAGGAUGAAGAUAUCCCUGAUAGCCCUAUGACGACCCAAGUAGAAAACAGCAACACACACACAUCAGCAACUGCUGUACCAGAUGAAGAUGAAGCUAUGGAUACAGACGAAGGCAUUUCGGAUGCAAGGUUACAAAUGUUCAGGAGCAAAGUGGUUCAAUUCAUGGAGAUGCAUGCUGGUGAAGGUGGAUGGGAAUUUCAACAAAUGUAUGAGGGGGUCAAUGCCCUUAUUGUGAGCGGUGAACAGCCAUUUAGCCGAAGUGAAACACAAGCUGCUAUAGUCAAGAUGGAGGAAGCGAACCAAGUUAUGUUGUCAGGAGAUACAGUGUACAGAAUUUAA